CUUUGGUAUUUGCUUCCUCUGGGUUUGGGGGCUAUUGUCGACUUCCCCGGCGGCAGCGUCGUAACAAGUGAUUAACAUCUGCUCUCCCGAGGGAAUAAAACCAAGCUAUUGUGAUAGCAGCUAUCUCACAUUCAUUCGUUGACACCCGACAAACGCCCGAAACGCCUCAAUAUAAUCAUCCCAAGCCCUCAAGAUUUGGAUGCCCCACAAUCCGUCAACACGGGUUUCACAUUCCCUUGGAUUAGCUUCUUUACGGAGCAACUCGCAAGCCAUCAAAUUCACCAUCUGCCUGUCUGGGUGGAUUUGAGCUUGCUGCUUACUGGAUAUCGUCACAGUCACUUAAGCAGGCAACAAAAGAGAACAAGUUCACACUGGCAGAAGCGAAAUCAUCAGUCUAGAGCGCCGUCGAACUUCUUUUUAGACUUCGCUUGCGUUCUCCCCAAAGCACCGCCGGAUCCCACUUCAACGCCUGACAUUUGACUUCACCCUAUGUUGGGUACUGGAUACCUAGGUAGCCCAGAUCCCCACACUCUCGACACUGCGUUUCCACACGCGGGCAGCUCUCAACCAUCUGCCAUGCCGCCUUUUAAGGAGAGACUGGGCAUGAGGAUGCAGAAGGUUCAGAGCAUCUUCCGGCCAUCAAAAAGACGCAUCGCAGAAGAUGAUGCAUCAAGCCAACCCCCGAAGCAGCUCCGGACAAUGCUAGGACCCACCAAGAAAGCCGUACAGUAUCCCCCCUCUCUGUCAGCGCCGUCGACGUCACCAGCGGGCUCUUCGAAAGCAAACGAGCUUCCUAGCACGUCUUCCAGCGGGGUCAGCAAUACUCUCGCCUACCCAACCAUGCCUUUCAUCAUGUCGGCCGACCCACCAGGAUCAAGGAGGGGCAAUCCGAUCGACCUGGACGCACCUCCAUCGCAGUUUUCACGCAGCAAUUCCUCGAGCCAGUCAGACAGCAGCUCUAGCAGCCUGAUAUACGACGAUGACGACCAGCGUCAAGUCUUGAACGACGAGGCCAUAGCCCGCAUUCUUCAAGAGGCGGAACACGAAUACAAAAACCAGCCAGAGUCGAGCCCCCAGAUCUUCUCGCCUGUGACAGAGGAAGAGACGCAGAGCCAUCUGGCCGAGUUCAGGGAGAAAUACCACAAGUGGAAGUGCUGCCAAUGUGGCAAGAGCAAUGACAUGACAGCAGACGUACUUGUUCAGAAGACAAAGUCCAUGCUCAAAGCAGGCAAGUCGUUUCUAGGGAUGAUCCACCCUUUUACAAAAUGCAGAUACUGUGGCUGUCAAGGUUGUUUGGCCUGUGGUACUCGAGGUACAUCGUUGACCCGACAGAGGGCCAACGCCGUCCGAGUAACUGAUGCCAUAAGAGCGUCCUGGUGUUGCCCCGAGGGGCGCGCCUUUGUGAUUUUCUCUUUACUAUGCGGUUACGAAAGACCUACAGCCACGAAGAUUUCUACGCCUGCAUCAAAAGAACAGCCAAAGCAACAGCAAAAGCUACAGCCCCCUCAACAGCCCCCUCAACAGCAGACAGCUUUUGCAAGGGGCACUGGCUAUGCACACGACUCGUACAGUUUCAAUCCUUUCAAAGGGCAGCCUCAGCAGUUCCACAAUUCCAAGCCAACGCCCGAGUCCGCAGAUGCAGUUUCAUAUUUCUUGACACUUGCAGAAGUGCUUCCAUCCGUGGAUAAGAAAGAGUUUGAGUCCACACCUGGCCUACGGGUCAUGAUCCAUACAUCUCCCAUGAUGCGACUCGCUUGCGAGAUUUUGCGAUCAGCUGCUAUUGGCGAGAUGGAUGCGAGGGCUGGCAUUAUCAAGGCAACCCUUCUCUUUGUUCACAGGUUGGCGCGAAACUGGGACGCCGCCUCGUGCAUAUUCCACGAGCAGAUCCACUUCCCACCCUCGCAACAGUUACUAAUGGCUUCAAUGGCUUCAAUGCCUCCUUCCAGGCAGGCUAUAUCAAGCAACCAUAUUAAACCCGAAACUGCACAAUCUGUUUAUAGGGUAGUGGAGAAACUAUCUGUAGUUUGCCGAGUCUUCAUGGAUGGCUCCAAGAGCUUUGGGUCUGCGGAUGACGGUGACGAAGCAAUCUGCAUUGCGCGACAAGUCUGCGACCUGCAAGACGUUCUUCAUCAUCUGAAACCCGCACCGGAAGACGACAAGGCUCGCCCGGGUCCCCGUGCGUCAGCUUCUACAACGAGCACUGUCGUCACACGGUCCAAAAACAAGGAACUCGAAUCGAUAGCAGCAGCGGCUAAGAUGACCGACUACCACAAGUUACAUGGUGUGAUGGAAAUCAAGGAUGAUCUUUUGUUAGCCAACUUUUACACGGGUUUUCAAAACCAAGUCGUGAACUCCAAUGGCCAGCGGAUGAGAAAGCUGUUUGCGCAGAUCUCAUCGCUACACGCGGACCUUCCCGACGGCAUCUAUGUCCGCUACGGCGAGUCACGACCAGACAUGCUCAAAGUGUUGAUCAUCGGGCCUAAGGACACGCCUUAUGAGCAUGGCAUCUUCCUCUUUGACAUUCUUUGUGGCUCGGACUUUCCCACGGCGCCACCAAAGGUGCAGUUUCUGACGACAGGCGGUGGCAAGGUCAGGUUCAAUCCAAACUUGUAUGCAAACGGAAAAGUUUGCCUGUCACUGAUCGGGACAUGGAAUGGACAGGGAUGGGUGCCAAACGUUUCGACAAUCCUACAGGUUUUGGUUUCUAUACAGUCCAUGAUCUUUGUCGAGCGGCCAUACUAUAACGAACCUGGUUACGAAAUCGUACCCAACCACGCCGGCAGCGAAGCGUACGAUCGCAACAUAGAAUGCAAUACGGUCUAUCAUGCCAUCAUGCCUUGGCUCCAGGCUCUGGGCAAUUCCCCUUCUACAUCCCAAUACUCUAAUACUGCCAGCCUGGCCGAUUGCCAAAUCUGGGGUGACAUUGCCCUGAAGCACUUGCAGCUCCAGAAACCAGCAAUACUGGCAAAGGUGAGGGAGUGGAGUAGGAAGAGCAGCUCAAGAGUGUCAGGUUCCAUGGUGAGCAUGCUCGAGAAAGCCCUCAGUGGUUCCCUGGCUGUCCCCGAAGUUCCAGCUGUCGUUAAGAAUGCUGGUACUCCAGCUAAGACUGGACAAACUGGUACGGCACCAAAUCAACUGGCCAAGUAA